GGCGCCAUAUUUAAUACAUCGGAUGCUAGCUAACGUUAGCUGUGUCUAAGACAAACUUUUAACUUGAGACUGAAACCUGAAGCAAGCCGUCACAAAUAACCGAAAAUGAAUGUGAUAGAUCAUGUGCGGGACAUGGCUACUGCCGGCCUUCACUCCAAUGUUCGGAUAUUAAGCAGUUUGUUGUUGACGAUGAGUAAUAAUAAUCCAGAGUUGUUCUCACCGGCCCAGAAGUACCAGCUGUUGGUUUACCAUGCCGAUUCCAUCUUCCAUGAUAAGGAAUACCGCAAUGCUGCCUGCAAAUAUAGUAUGGCUCUGCAACAGAAGAAGGUGCUCAGCAAAACAUCUAAAGUCCGUACCUCUACUGGUGGAGCUGCAUCUAACAUACAGGCACAGAGUUUGCCGUCUGAAAUUGAGGUAAAGUACAAGAUAGCAGAAUGCUACACCAUUUUGAAACUGGAUAAAGAUGCCAUUGCGGUGCUUGAUGGGAUUCCAUCCAGACAAAGGACUCCAAAGAUCAACAUGAUGCUAGCUAACCUGUACAGGAAGGCUGGUCAGGAACGUUCUGCCGUGACGAGCUACAAAGAGGUGCUCAGACAGUGUCCCCUCGCCUUAGACGCAAUAAUUGGCCUUCUCUCUCUGUCAGUAAAAGGAGCUGAAGUGGCAUCCAUGACUGUGGAUGUGAUCCAGAGCAUCCCCAACUUGGACUGGCUCUCUGUUUGGAUCAAAGCGUACGCCUUCAUACAUGCAGGGGACAAUCAAAGAGCUAUCAACACAAUUUGCUCUUUGGAGAAGAAAUCUCUCUUGCGGGACAACGUGGACCUCCUGGUGAGCCUGGCAGAUGUUUACUUCAGGGCAGGCGACACCAAAAAUGCAAUUCUUAAAUUUGAACAAGCCCAGAUGCUGGAUCCGUAUCUCAUUAAAGGAAUGGAUGUGUAUGGCUAUCUGAUGGCCCGUGAGGGACACCUGGAGGAUGUUGAAGUAUUGGGUGGACGAUUAUUUAACAUAUCAGACCAGCAUGCGGAACCCUGGGUGAUCUCUGGUUGCCACAGCUUUUAUAGUAAGCGUUACUCCAGGGCCCUCUACCUGGGAGCCAAGGCCAUCCAACUGAACAGCAACAGUGUGCAGGCUCUGCUCCUGAAGGGGGCCGCCCUGAGAAACAUGGGCCGAGUUCAGGAAGCCAUCAUCCAUUUCAGAGAGGCCAUGCGCCUGGCACCCUGCCGGCUCGACUGCUAUGAAGGUCUAAUCGAUUGUUACCUGGCAUCCAAUGGGAUUCGAGAGGCUAUGGGAAUGGCAAACAACAUCUAUAAGACUCUGGGGGCCAAUGCACAGACUCUGACCAUCCUCGCCACAGUGUGCCUGGAAGACCCGGUGACUCAGGAGAAAGCCAAAACCCUGCUGGACAAAGCACUGGCCCAGAGACCCGACUACACCAAGGCUGUGGUCAAAAAGGCGGAACUGCUCAGCCGAGAACAGAAAUAUGAAGAAGGGAUCGCUCUCCUGAGGAAUGCCUUGGCCAAUCAGAGUGACUGCGUGCUGCACAGGAUGUUGGGAGAUUUCCUGGUGGCAGUCAAUGAUUACCAAGAAGCCAUGGACCAGUACAGUAUAGCUUUAAGCCUGGAUCCCAAUGACCAGAAGUCUUUAGAAGGCAUGCAGAAGAUGGAGAAGGAGGAGAGCCCUACAGAUGCCACUGUGGAGCUGGAUGGUGACGACAUGGAAGGCAGUGGAGAGGACGGAGAUCUUGAGGGCAGUGACAGUGAAGCAGCUCAGUGGGCAGAUCAGGAACAGUGGUUUGGUAUGCAGUGACCCUGGGCCUCUGAGGGAGGCUCAGUCAGGACCACCUUCUAGCUCUGCAGCCCACAGGAAGCCUUCAGCUGCCAGCGCUGUCAGACCGGAUGGUACUGCUGUUCCCUCCUCACAUGAUCACAGACGUCAACACCAAGUGACCGAUGUUGCCAACUUUAAAGACAAUGCAGUUUUGACAUGGAGCGCAGAGAUGAGUGUUUGCACCCUUGGAUGAACUGAUGCUCGAUUUUUGUAGUACAGCUACAGGAGGACUGCAGUGAUUUUAUUAAAAUGCAGAUUAAUGCAGAACUCCAGCCAUUUUUGAUUUGAUUCUAUUUACCAUCAGUCUGACAAUUUCACCAGCUUCACUGAGGUCACUUCAGCCUUACUUGUUUUCACAGCUCUCCAGCACAGUCUUAGAAAACCAAGGGGCGCUCAACCCCAGAAAAACAAAAUGACACCUUUAUUUCUCACUGUGUAGUGAGAAGUGUUGGCACAGUUCUCUUAAUGCCUUGGCUAUUUUCUACUUGGCUGCUGGGCAGUGCAAAAUACAACUGAAUAUUAAACUGUUCACAGUGAGCAUCCUUGUUUUUGUGAGCUUUCUGCACUGAGCUGAGAGCUGUUCUCAGGCAAAGUGGAUGCAAGAAAAUCAGCACUGAAGCAGUUGAAAUUUGGUCAACAUCAACUGAUGAAAAAUCAGGGUGAGGCCAAAAGUGACUGGAAUUCCAUGUGACAUGUUACAGGAGAAGCUGUCAAAGAUUUUUAAUUUGUUUUCUUUGAACCUGACUGACUGGGGUUUCCACAGAGGGGGCAAAGUGUGGAUGUUAUGUCACAAUAAAGCUUGUGGAUAUUGCAGAUCUUUGUGUCUCUUAAGGGCAAACUGGAAGUCUGAGAUUUCUGCUGUUUAAAAUCUAUUAAUUUCUGUCACCAUGAACUUGAUGUAUGUUUUUUAUUGUGUUGUCUAUUGCCGCUCUUUAUAAAAAAAAUAACUCCAUAAUUGACUCAUUAAGUUGGGAAGUUUUACUUUAUCAUUUCAAGACAAAUGUGUAUAGUAUUUUGUACAUAUUUUAAAUGUAUAAUAAAAUUAUUAAACACUCACUUGACACUGA